UCUAAGCAUGGAGUGGCCAGUCCCCAAAAAUAGUUAACCGAGGAGGCCGAACCGAACCAACCGACUGAAGAUUCGCCAAGAAAUGGGUGCCACGGCCUCCUGUAAGAAAACCACCGGCAGUGGCUAUCCGGAGCACGAUGAUCCGGCCUACCGGAAGUGCCAGGAACUUAAAAUGGAGCGAUGGAUUCAGAUGCACUACCAGAUCAAACAGCGGGAACAGGCACUGGCCAUUGCCCAGCACCGGGAGCUCUUCUACUGGCUGAGUGGCUUCUACUUGAGUGCCGUUUAUGGAUGUGCCAGCUACUACCAGAGGGUCAAGCGGGUCUCCGCCCUGGCUCCGCUCCUGCCACUCACCUUCGUGGUGGGCUACUACACGGACUGGGCCUACGGCAGUAAGCUGCAUCGGAUCCAAGCGGAGGCCAAUAUGAUAAUGGAACACGAACAGGAGCUGCUCCACUGGCCCGGAGGACUGCCCACCGUGGCUGGCAUCGAUGAGGCGCGAGUUGAAGUCGAAAUGGAGAAGAAAAUGCAUCCGCACCACAUGUAGAAGCUAUAUAUCUUUUGAAUACUUUACAGGCUAGGGGUUUCACCAUCAAAUACAUCAUCCAUCACCAAAUGCCAUCACUUUCCAAUAAUCUGGAAUAGCUUUAAAUCAGAUUUUUACUUAUUAGAAUAUUAAUUGCAAGAUAAUAACUCAUAAUCCCAUUAAUCUCCUAACUCCUGAUGGCUCAACUACCACACUAUACUAUAUAGUUAUAUUUUUAAAAUCACUUCUUCCUCUAUAACUCCAGCUUAAAUUUUUGCAGCAAUUUUUUGAGACAAUACUCCUUAUAUUGGAUAGUUAAUAUAUAUAUAUUAUAUAAUGUAUUAUAUACAUAAACUCGAUACAAAUUGUAGUCUAGAUGGUCUAAUAAAUGUUCUGCUCCCAAG